GAACAUUGAAUUCGACAAAAUAAUUUUGUACUUCGUAAAAUAGAAAUUUUAAUCGAUUUUGCUCAAAUUUCACGUGACUUGAAAUCAAUUAUAUCUCAAAAUUCUUUCAAAGUGACAAGGUAUUCAUUGUGAUCAUGUGAAAAGAAAAAUAAUUCAUAGAAAAGAUCCCAAAAAUAAAUUCAUUCUUAUUGUGUCUGAAUUAUUCAGACAGAAAUAUUGUUCGCGAUUCUUCCGAGGAGGAAAAUAAUGAUACGAAAAACUUCCAGUGAAUCAUAAAAAGUGUUUUUGAAAUCCAAUAAAAAAAGGAAAAGUUUUAGAAGCAAGAAAAGAAAGACUUAAAAAAUUAAUAUGAAUGUGAUUAAUUCUGUGGUUCUAACAGCAUCGUCAAUUUCCAGUAUGGUACCUUUAAUAGGACUUAUAAUAUUUGUUGGUGGAAUAUUAGUGCUUUUAGUCAAAAUAGUUCAAGGUGAGGAAGCGAUUCGUCAAUCCUCGAUGACCAUCAAUGCCACCAUUCAAGUACCAAGACUUAAAAUGACACGCGUUCACAUCCCUUUUACAUUCCGUCUGCUGGAGACUGGAAAUAAUUCUUACGAAGAGGUAAAAUUGGCUGUUUCAAGUCAUGUUAAAUACAGCCUCCAGGCUUUUUGGGCUGUCUCAAUAAGAGAACUGCACAUGUCGCUUUGGCGACCUUGGACUGAAAUCAGUGAAGCUGCUUGUUCUAAAGUGAGCUCAAUUGUAGAUUCUGCUCAUUGUCAACAGUUGGCAAUUGACUUAAGGAAUCAAGAGCCACAUAGCGAAACGACUGUUGUCAUUAAAUCACCAAAACCUCCAUUAGUUCUUGGUAGUCCACCGCGACUUGCUUAUCCACUCGUCGUUUUUCUCAUAAGAGAGACGGAAGCAGAUGAAAUUAGCCAUCCCGACGACACAGUUCUCUUGAUAAAUGUGGUCCACUUGAAAGAUCCCGUUUGUCCAUUGCCAACUAGUCAAUUGUAUAUGGCAGCUGGAGAGAAUGAAAGUGAAGGCUCAUCGAUGGGUUCGUCAGUAGGUGGAUCGUUAUCUUUAGCCGAACCUGUAGCUUGUGCCGGCAGCAGUGCGCCGUUAUUAUGCUCUGAUACGAUUUUACGUGAGGGCCAACAAAGUGAACAACUUUGCGUGGUUUGCCAUUAUUUCCCUUUGUCAAGAGCUCUGUUGCCAUGUCGUCACACUUGCAUCUGUGCAAUCUGCUUCUCAAAGCUCGAACGUUGCCCGAUGUGUCGAGCACCUAUUAACAGUUAUUUCUGCAUUCGAUCUGAGGAAUAUGUACCAGUCAAUGCUGAAACGCGUGCUCCUAAAUCAAAGGCUGCUAUUAACUGGAUCGACGCACUCAAUGAUCGACUAACUGAUUUCUUAGGAUUCAGAUAAGUGAGAGGAGUUUGUUUAUCAGUUAUAUUGAUGAAAAAAUAAUAAAAAAACAUUUAUGGAUGACUACUAAACGAGGCAGAAGACGAAAAUUCAUAUAUUUUUUGUUUGUUAGAAUAAUAAAAUUAUCAUUGGAAGUCAUUGCAAGAUGCAUUCAUCACUUCUCGCUGACGACUUUAAAACAUCACAAAAAUCAUGCUUUUAAGUAUAUUUGUUGUCGUUUAUGCUGUUAAAACACUUCUUAGUUUAAUUGUUACGUUCGAUUUCACAAUUUAUCGAUGGCAUGUGGUACAUCCACAUGUAAUCGUGUCCUUAUUAAUUGUAAAUCAAAAAGUUUUUUUAUUUUAAUUUGUAAUUAAUAAUUAAUUAAUGUAUAGUCCAAUUUGUCCCUUGAGAAUUUUAUUUCCAACAUUAUUGCAUCGCUGAUGGGUUAGAUAUGUUCAUAUGUUACGUCUCUUCAAGAUGUUACGUCUUAUAAGAAUAUUUUCCCUUGUCCUUACAUAAUUCUAGUUGUAGACUUGAAUCACUAAGGUAGUUUCUGUAAGUUUACCUCAUCAGCAAGAUACAUAAUGAAGGAUACUUAAGGCGUAACUUUUAAAUAUGUCCCCAUAGUAAAUGAAUUUGCUUGAGAAAUUUUUUCUGUUAACAACUUAAACGUGAUUCAAUUAAUUGUAAAAAUUUCACGUCUGCAGUUCAUUCUCAAUGUAAGCAAUGAAUCAGAAAAAAAGCGAGCAAGAAGAAAGAAAAAUUAAAUCCAAUUAAAAUGAUUUAUGUCCCAGUUCGAUCGCAAUUCUUCUGAAUGAAGCAAUUUUGUUCACAAGUUUUACAUUUUUUUUUGAUUUUAGUCUGUGAUAACAAAGGAGAGAAAUUUUUGAGAAAAUAAAAAUCUUAAUUGAAAAAUUAAUCGAUGCUUUUUUAUUUGUUGUAUUAAUCGCAGUCUCCGUUGUAUCCUUGACCAAUAAGAAAUAUAA